AUGUACAGAGCCGUGCGAUCUCUCAAUAGAGUGCUACUACAUCAGACUCGCUUUUCAAGAACCUAUUUGGCCGCGCCCGCCCCCGCGUCGCUGGCAACACGAACCAUAGCACCAACGCGAUCAAGUCGUGCUGCAAGAUGGACCCAAUCGGUGCGGACGCUAUUCAUCCAGACCGCGGAGACGCCAAACGAGCAAGCGUUGAAAUUUCUCCCAUCGACGUCGAUAUUAGGCGAGAAUGAAACGCGCGAGUUUCUAAGCGGCAGAGAAGCACACUGUUCCCCCUUGGCCGUGCGAUUAUUCAGCAUCGACGGCGUGAAAUCCAUCAUGUUUGGCUCAAACUUCAUCACGGUGGAGAAAUCGCCGCACUACGAGUGGCCGUUGCUCAAGCCCGAGAUCUUCGCCAUCUUGACGGAGUAUUUGAACCAGGGCUUGCCUAUAAUUAACCACGAUGAAGAUGCCGCGGGGGGCGGAUUAUCGAGCGAUGUCGCGUUCAAUGAGGAUGACGACGAGGUGGUGCAGAUGAUCAAGGAGUUGAUUUUUACGAGGAUAAGGCCCGCGAUCCAGGACGAUGGCGGAGACAUUGAGUUUGUUGAGUUCAGACCCGAUGACGGCACGGUGUUUUUGAAGUUGAAAGGCGCUUGUCGUAGUUGCGAUUCGAGCUCGGUGACGUUAAAGAAUGGCAUUGAGAGCAUGUUGAAGCAUUACAUUGAAGAAGUGCAGGCGGUGGAGCCUGUUGAAGACGCCGUGGAAGACGCCGUGGAAGAGGAGCCGGAUAUGGCCAAGUUUCAGGCGCAGGUUUUGCCUAGAAGCAGAGCACGCGAGGAGAACGAGGCCCCUCCUGCCUUAUGA